AUGACAAUUCCCUUAGAACGAACGUCCAUAGCCAGCUCAAAUCUAGACAUAUCUACCACAAGGACUGGUGCUCAUAAUAUUCUGGACUAUCUGAAACAAGCUAUUAGUAUUACAUGUUCAAUAGAUCAAGAAGUAACGUUUGCUGAAAUCUCGAAAUGUGAAGAGUUUACAGAUGCUUUUGCUUGUUUUCUGCAAGAUUCAGACCAACUGUAUCUGUACUUAUUUGGUGUUUUAAGCUCAUCACCUUCGGAAGCUGGCUUGCAUGAUCUAAAAAUCGACAACUGGAUCUUUCAUAUUGACUACAACUAUACGGUGAAAUCAGAUUCUGAUGUUGUUCUCGUUUUUCUCAAGCAAACAAAAUAUAUGGAUCUCACGGCUCAUCUACAAAAGCAGUUGGUUUUUGCUCACCUGCCUUUAUCUGCUCGCCAUAAUGACAAUCCUUUUAAUUCCUCUAUUAACACCGUUCAUAGUUACGUGAAAUAUGUUUUAGAGCCGUUUUUUGUCAAUUGUGCCAAAGAGACGCCUGAAAAAACAACCAAUACUUUACCAAAUUAUAAUUUACAAUUAAGUAACACAAAGAAGGUUUUUACUGAGCUUGAACUCUCCCUUGCCAACCUUCAAACUGAUCGCUCAGUUCCCCAUGUGAUACUAUACAUACAUCCUGUUAUAAAGGAAGCUAUCCAUCAGUCCGAAAUUGAAGAUGCAGAUCUCUCUGUCCAUUGCAUUUCUUCCGAUACUUUAUCAAACCCAAAAUUUUUGAAUUCGUUAAACGUAACCGUUCAUUCUUGGAUCAACAACAUAAACCAACUUGUAGAGACUUCUCAAACGAAAGAACAAGGGUCAACCUCACAGGAAAUUAGGUUUUGGCAUUCGUUGUGUCUAUCAUAUAACGAAGUAUAUAAACAAUUGACGGGCCUACCGGUCAAGUUCACCUUGGAGGUAUUGAAUUUUGCUAAGCGUUUCCAUACAACUGCUUCUUUUUUGAACAACACUAACUUACGCGCACAAUCGGACACAGCAAACAGAGUUGCCAGUUUUUUGGUAGAUAUUCCUUUAUCCUCGAUUCAAGGCGCAUCUUCUCUGGAUUCUCUUCAUACAGCCAUAAUGUCAGUACAUACUUAUUUCAUGAAACGAUGGAAAAGUUCGUCUUAUCCAUUGUCGCGCACUAUCACUUUUUUGAACUGCCUUGCUGAUGAUUUUGGUUCGAAGCUUACAGAAAUACUAGACUCUGACUAUUUGUUGGCUAUGUCUUUUACAGACUUUCAGCACAAUUUAUCUAUUGCUUUGAAUGUGUUGACGACGUGGGACUCUAAUAACAAGGAAUUUUUACUAUUAGUAAAACAUACCCUCUCUAAGCGGAAAGAAGCUUACGGAGCUAUCUGCUUGAACGAAAAACCAAAGUUUUUGUCGAAACGACUACUGUCCAUGCUACUUGUAAGAGAAACCCAUGAAAGUUUAACGGUUACGCUUUCAUCUCUUUCAUCUUCCGAUCAAGAUGGUGUAGAGCUUUUCGAAACUGUUUCUGACUCUCAGUUUUCUUCGUCUCUAGAUUUAUUCCGAAAUGUCGAUGUUCUGGAUAUCACUGAAGAUGGAAGAAGGAAGUGGAAUCUGCAAGAGUCAAAAUUCGGUGAUGUACUUUCACAAUUUGACAGUCAAUUUAUAUUUUUUAUAAAGGAAAAAUUUAGGUCUUGUGAAAAUACUACCCACUUGAUUUCAACGUUUUUAAAGUAUAACACUUUGCUAAUGCGUCCGAAGAUAAGAAAUGCAGUUCGGGAAUAUCAUUUGCAGCUUAUAAACGGUGUAAGCCAUGAUGUGGUCACCUUAAAGUCUCGUUUUACCGACGUUACUUCCGACUUGGAACUCUUCGCUAUGCACCAACUUCGCGAUAUUCCUCCCGUUUCAGGUGCUAUCAUGUGGUCUAGCCAGGUAACUCGAAGAUUACAGAAAUACUCUACUCAACUUGAUAUAAUUUUGGGUAAUGAUUUGGCGACCUACAAUGAAGGAACAAAGCUAAAAUCAGAAGCUCAAUCACUGCAGAAAAGGCUUAAUCCUCUUGUCAUUUAUAAAAACUGGUUAAAUAGUUUGUCCUUAGAUGUGUUUGAUUUUACUACUCCUAUCUUUAAAAUUAUUCCCGUAACGGAACUGAAUUGUUUGGAGAUUUCGGUUACUCUGGACUCACAGCUAAUGAUGUUAAUAAAGGAGUUCAGGACUCUUUCAUCAAUGGGGUAUGAAGUUCCCGAGCGUUUCUCAAAAAUAAUAUCUAAUUCCCAAAAACUACAGUCCAUUGCUGCUAAUCUCUCGAGCUCAGCCAAACUCUAUAAUCAGUCAGCUAAGGUUGUUGAAACUUCAUCGGUUCAAAAGUACCUGCUUACCGAGGUAGAAAACAAAAUUCAGAGUCAUAUAUCUGAAAAUUUGUUUUUAACAUGGGAAGACUUUUUAAACGAUCAGACUCGACAAAGUGAAAAAGAAUCGGGAAACAAUUGUACAGAUAUUUCUGGUCCGCAUGCAUUUAUUUAUCAAUUAAAUUCCCUAAUCAACAUAUAUUGCUCUAAAUAUGAAUCGGUUGUGCGUACUUGUUCCGAAAUAGAUAGCAACUUAAUACGGCUCGAAAAUGAUGAGUAUGUGUAUGAAUCUUUCCUUGGUUUAUUAAAGGAAAUUCAAGUGAUAGUUGAUCGUUUAUAUGUUGAUGGAUAUUCUAACCUUCAUAAGGUUGUGCUAAUUAUUAACGAAAGGAUCCAGAAUAUUUUAAUUAUAAAAUUAAAAAGGAUAUUUGAUAAUCUUUCCCUGUUACUAAAAACAACUGAUGAUAACCACAUCACUAACUUAGUUACUUCAAGUCUUUCAAUGAAAAGAUUGUUAGAUAAAAGUUUGAUUUUGCAGCCGAUUUCUUUGACAUCGAAAAAUGGUGCUAUAUUACUUGAGCCUUCCCUUCAAGGUAUAUUAACUUCGAUAUUUGACAUGAUAAAUUACCUCUUUUCAUCAGUUAAAAACCUUCCUGCUAUCUAUUUACGUGGUUAUCCUACCAGUGGAGGGGUGUCUGAGUCAAAAUCCGCAAUUUUUAUAAAAACUCUACAAGCUUUGGAUGCUGAAGUGGUGAAUUUAUUGAAUGUAUGCUCAAAUGCGCUUGUUGAUAUUAAGAGGUACAUUACUCCUUUAGAACGAUAUCAAGUUUUUGAUACUCGACUUUUGGAUAAGUUCUCGACUGUCUCUUUACAGCAGAAUGAUUUUUUUCAGCUCAUUCAAUAUCUUGCAUACACGAAAAGGACCCUCAGUGAAAUAGAUGAUGAGGUUAGAUUUGGGUUAUUUAAAGUAGACCUUGUGCCAUUUAGAAGCCGCACGACUUACUCUCUUUCUAAAUGGAUGGAGUUCUACUUUGAGCUAUUUUCACAAGAAUUAUUUGAUUCUGUACAAAAUUUCCGACAGAGUCUUUCUCACUAUAAGGAUUCGUUACGUAGUAUUAAAUUAGGUGAUUGGAAAUCAGUCAAAGAAGCAAAUGAGUCUGCCUCGAACUUGGAAAUUUCUUUGAAUUUUAAGAAGACGGCGCUAACACUGUUAGAACUAGUGAGGUCGACUGAAAAUAUUUUCAAAGACACAAAUUAUCGUCUUUGUAGUGGUUGGACUCCUUAUGAGCUAAUGUUACAUGAAAUAGAUCCUUAUUUUAUUGCAUUGGAUGAAGUAAAUGUUUAUUAUACUAAAAAUAAAAGCAAGUUGAUUGAAUUUACUCAAAACUCAAGUGGUGAUCUAAGAAUCAAAUUGGCUUUGUUCUUCUCCAAUUGGGAUUUAGAGAAAACUCGUUUGCAUGAACUUGACCUCGAAACGUUUUCAGCUGUUCUGGAAAACUAUUCAAAGGAUUUUAAUUUUAUAAUCGAGCUCUUGGGGGACCAAUGCCAACUAGAAAAAUCGCUAAGGAUUCCUACCAGUGAAUUUAGCGAUACUUCUAAAUGUUUUAACGAAAUUCUCUCAUAUAAAGAAUUGUUAUUUCUUAUUUCGGAAAAUGUAAAAGUUUUGCAAGUAUACGAGGAAACUCCCUGGUUGCUUUUAGAUUGUCAAGUUUUCGAGAAAGAACUGACCGAUCAAACGAAGGAACUGGAUAAAUGUCCGUCGAAUAUAAAAUCUUUGGUGCCUUAUGCUAAACUUAAUACAAAAAUAGCCGAAAUUUUAUACGUUAUGCCUUUGCUACGUGAAUUGAAAAGUAGUCAUGUCGAGAAAAAACAUUGGCAAAGGUUAUUAUCAGCUAUAGGAAUCGUACAAAACAAUUCUUGUGAGAGUUGGAAAUUAAAGGAUGUAUUGGGACUCAAGUUGGCCUCACAUUUCUCUUUGGUUAAGGACGUGAUAAAGGAAGCUUCCGAAGAAGCAACUAUUCGGAAUUUAUUGCAAUCAAUCUGCAUGAGCUCUGAAAGUUAUGAAUUUCAAUUUCUCCUUUACGAUAACAGAACAUACCUAUUGAAAGAUAGCGAUAAACUAUUAUCCGACUGCGAAGAAUGGAUUGAUCAGCUGAGCUCUAUUAAAUUAUCUGAAAGUUAUAGUCAGGUAAAAGGUUUAACUGAUGAUUUAACUGACAAACUAAUUGACUUGCUUGAUUUCCUUAAUAUUUGGGUGGACGUCCAGCAACAUUGGACGUAUUUGGACGGCGUUUUUUCGAAAAACAAGGUAUUCCAGUCUUUAUUACCUCAAGCUGCUGUUGCUUAUUUUAGGUCAACAAAGUCUUAUACUCAAGGGAUCAACUUACUUCUUUCUUCAAAGGGAAUUGAAGGAUUUCAUAAGCUGCAAUCACCAAAAGACUUCGCUGAUACUUUACUUCGUUCCUUAAUUGAUAUCAAAAAAUUGUUGAUAGAAUACUUUGAAAGUGAAAGAUUAAAAUUCCCUCGUUUAUUUUUCUUAGGUGAUGAAGACUUAUUGGAGCUUGUCUGUCAUAUCAACGAUGAAGCUAUUAUGGACAAGCAUAUUGGUACUUUGUUCCCUGGGAUAAAAAGGCUCAUCAUCAGUCAAGAGGAUGAUACCAUUGAAAAACUUGUUACAGAUGAACAUUUAAGCUUAGUACUUUCUUCACCAAUUAGAAUAAAACAAGAAUCCGGCUGCUUCGAGUGGGUCAGCUUUAUUGAAAAAGAUAUCAGGAGCGUGCUUCUAAAAACUUUCGGUGUAGCAUAUUCUAAUUUUAACAAAGAUUAUGAUAUUAACAAUUUAAAUGCUUGGUUCCCUGUCUGGUUGAAGUCAUUUCCCAGCCAAAUAUUGCUACUUUGCUUUCGUUGUUAUGCAAGUCAUGCCUUAAAGGAAGGAAUCAAAGAGAAGGAACUCACUUGCUUUGAUAGUUUGUUAAAACAAGGGAUUGAAUGGCUAAGUAAGUACGCAAUUGAUGAAGAAAAUGUGAUUUUGCGGAAAAAAGUUUUAUUGUUCAUCAACGAAAAACUACAUUAUAGGUCCUUAGUAAAAACGCUUAUUGACAAUAACUAUAAUGAUUAUUACUGGUUCCGUGAAAUUAAAUGUUCUUACCAAAUUGACGAACGUGGUAAGCCUUCUAUCAAUGUUGAAAUGUUUUCGGUUACUUGUCCUUACACGUUUCAUUAUGUGCAAAUUGAGAGUCCUUUCGUUUAUACAGAACUAACAAGGGAAUGUUUCUCAACUUUGAUACAUGCCAUUCAGUUGGGCUUCGGGGGUGCUCCAUCUGGACCUGCAGGAACAGGAAAAACCGAAACAGUAAAGGCACUUGGUGCUUAUUUGGGGCGAUAUGUUUUUGUAUUUAACUGUGAUGAUUCUUUCAAUUAUAAGGUAAUUCGCCGAAUACUAACUGGUUUAUGCCAGCUGGGUGUCUAUGCUUGUUUUGAUGAGUUUAACCGAUUGAAUCCUGGAACGCUGAGCUCCGUAUCCCAAGAUAUUCAACUAAUACAAACGAAUUGUAAGAGGGGAUCUAAAGCUUUACUACCAAUCAAUGGCCAAUUGAUUGAAGCUGACCGAAGCUUUUGUAUCUUCAUUACGUUAAAUCCUAGCUACCAAGGUCGUUCAGAGCUACCAUGCAACUUGAAGCGUCUUUUUCGUACUGUUUGGAUGGAAACUCCUGAUGCUCUCCAAAUCUGUCAAGUACUUCUUUAUAGUAAUGGCUUUAAAAACUCAUCGGACCUUGCAAAUAUAUUAACCUCUUUCUUCAAAGAUUGUGCUAAACAAUUUUCCCAAGUGUCAUACUAUGAUUUUGGACUUCGAACUAUACGUGCCAUCAUUAAAGUAUCAUGUAAUUUUCGCCGUAGUAAUUUAUUGGAAUACGCAAAUUUUGGCGACCUUGGAUUUAUUUAUCGAGCAAUUCAGACUGUUGUUUUACCAAGGCUUAGUGUUAAUGACGCAAAAGUUUUUGAAGGUCUGAGACAAAAAUAUUUCAGCACUAUCAACACACAAAAUAGCGAGUUAACCACUAUCAUUGGAUCACUUGAAGCGGCCUUGAAAGAUUCCAAGUCAAUUAAUAACCUCACGUACCUUACUCAAAAAGUACUUCAACUUCAUCAGCUUUCCGAAGUUUACAGUGGAAUCAUUAUAUAUGGUUCAAGCGGUUCAGGUAAAACUAAUGUUUGGAAAAGUCUUUUGGAUGCUUAUAAUAGACUACAAAUGAAUACCGAACACCAUGUUAUUUCUCCCAAAUCUAUUGACAAAGAGUCCCUUUUUGGGACCUUGGACUUGACAACUCACGAAUGGGCGGAUGGUAUAUUCACACAGAUACUACGUUCAGCUAUAGGUUCCAGGAGCCAACACUGGAUUAUUUUUGAUGACGAUAUUACGCCUGAUUGGGUUGAAGCAAUGAACAGCUUGUUGGAUGACAACCGCUUUUUAACAUUACCUGACGGCCAAAGAAUUCCCCUUUCUGAUAGUGUUAGGAUUCUUUUUGAAGUUGACAGUAUCCAGUCAGCAACAAUGGCAACCAUCAGUAGAUGUGGUAUUGUGUAUGUUGAUGACGAACCUAUCACCAACAAUGUUUAUAUUGAGCCGUUGUUGGGUGAAAUAACUUCUGAUCAAGGAAACUCGGAAAAGAGAAGUGUGAUAUGUGAAACUGUAAUUGAGAUUGUUUCCGAGUUACCUAUAGACGAACUUUAUGAAUUUGCCAAUAGUUUGUCCCAUGUUAUGGAAUUAGAAAGGUCACGAUUUAAAGAAACUCUUUUGUUAUAUUUUAAGAAGGAAAUUAUGAAUUCGUCCAGGUUUAUUGAGUUUAAUUGCUCCUUCAACAAAGCAACCCUGACAGCUUACAUGAGAAAGAAAUUAUUACUUUCAAUAGCUUGGGCAUGUAUCGGUGAUUCCGAUUUAGAUUCUCAUCGUAAGUUUACAGACUGGAUAAAGGAAAACUAUGAUUUGGGGACUGGUAUUUCUAAUACAAGUGAAAUGAUUUUGGAUUUGGACGUUGAUGCCGAAACUCAGAACUGGUUAGGUAUCAAUGAAACUCUUGAGUUUGAAAAGAAUAAUGAUGCUCCAGAUUUAGGCGCAGUGAUAAGGACUACUGAAGUAAUUCGCUAUGACAAGUUGAUUAACGACCUCUUAUUAAUGAACGGUUGCCUAAUUUUUUGCGGACCUCCCGGUUCAGGUAAGAGUAUGACAAUGCUUCAUUUUUUGAACGAUAAUGACAAUAUUGACGUUGCCGUGAUGAACUUUUCAGCGUCUACUUCUGCUUAUGCUAUUAUUCGCUUCUUGGAAAGAAAUACUAUCUAUAGCAUACGUGCUAAUUCAUCUUACGUUGCCCCAAAAAACAAUAAAACACUAGCUGUGUUCUUUGACGAAAUCAAUUUACCCAAACCAAGCCAGAACGGUGGAAAUGACGCUUUAUGCUUUCUUAGAUGCGUUUUGCACCACAAAGGUUUCUGGCAUCCCAGAUUUAAGAAGUGGAUAAACAUGAAAAGAAUUCUUAUUUUCGGUGCCUGUAACCCCCCUACUGAUUAUGGAAGGUCUUCCUUGUCAUCCCGUAUUCUCAGAAGCUCAGUAGUUAUACAAUACGGAUAUCCAGGUUUCGAUUCACUCACUAAGAUUUACAAACCCAUAUGUGAUAGAAUUCUGAGCUUUGUGGAGUAUAAUCAUUCCAGCUCAUUAAAUGAGAGAUUUCUUAAUUGCAGUGUGAAGGUUUAUGAAAAAAUCAAACAUACAUUUUCUUCAAAGGAAUAUAUUAUCCACACCUAUACACCUAGAGAACUAACGAAAUGGUUUGAUUGUUUACGAAACAUGGUGGAAUCAAUGAAUCAAAUUACUUCCGAGCAGUUACUUCAAAUAUGGUACCAUGAAGCUUGCCGUGUGUUCAUGGAUAGAUUAAACCAUACGGACUUUCAACUUGGUGAAUCUAUUUUACAGAACUUUUUAUAUACAGAAUAUGAAGGAGUGAACUUUAAGGAGUUCACUAACUACUUUACAUGUAAUUUAUUAUGUGAAAAUUACAGCAUAGUUACUUUAAACACUGUGAAGUCGCAUCUGCAAGGAUUUAUCGAAAACUUUAGAAUUGCUUGCCCAAAUUCCCUUUUUUUGCCUACAGAAAAAGGUUGUCUUGAUGCUAUCCGGAUCAGCCGUGUUUUUGCACAUACCAAUAGCCAUGCAGUAAUUUAUGGAGAAUAUGGAUCGAAUCAGAAAAGUGUAUUAGAACUUGUGAGCUGGAAGCUUGGCUAUAAAUUGUUAGUUUUCGAUCCUUGUUUACAGCCAGAGUUCCCAGACUUAAUGGAAGAAUUAAAAACUAUAGUCAAACUUGUCGUUGCUGACGAUAAUAAACUUUGUCUUGCGAUCGAUCACUUUCAAUGCGUUAAUUCGGACGUAUUUGAGGUUAUGAACAAUUUGCUUACUGGCUCUGAUAUAAGCUGCCUGUUUACAGAUGAAGAAUGGGGAAAUCUUAAAAAGAGCGUAAUGCUCCGCCAUCUAUGUAAAUCUGACAGUGAGGUCGUUGAAAAGGUACAGAGUUUGAUUUGCCAAAACCUUCAUGUGUUUUUUAUCGUGUAUACAUCAGGUUACAAAGGUUUAAAUGUUUUAUCACCUGCCCUAAUAAACCGAUGUACUACCAUUUAUUUUCAACCACCUGAUAAACUGACCGUUCAGGAGCUGUUUAGCAACGAGCUUUCCAAAUUUCCAGACUUAUGUGACGAGUUAUAUGGAGGAUGUCUGGUGAAAGAACAUUUACCGAACUUGGUGAGCGUAAUGUCUAGUUUGCACAUGCAUAUGAAAGCUUACUAUGAAAAAAGAAAAUUUAGCUUGACUAUGAGUCCAAAUCUUUUAUCCGAUUUUAUCCUGUUAUAUGUAAAACUCUUUAGAAAUCUUCGAAGUCGUCUAUUCAAUGAGAAGGAUCAUGUCGAUAUUGGACUAAAUAAGCUUAAAGAAACAGCACAACAGAUUCUAGUUCUCAAAACUAUGCUAUACGAGCAGGAAUCUGUGCUUAAUGAAAAAACAGAUCAUGCAAACUCUAGGCUACAUAACCUAAUGAAUGCCAAACAAGAAGUUGAAGUAAGACAAAAGGAGGUUUUGGAAUUAGAACGCAAUUUGAGAGGCCAAAAUGAAGAAAUUGAAUCGAAAACUUCGUUGGUUUUGAAAGAACUCUCAGUUGUUAAACCGGCUAUUGAUGAAGCUAAGGCUUCCGUCAGUAACAUUAAGAAGAGUCAUCUAUCGGAGUUACGAAGUCUUUCUCACCCGCCCAAUGUAGUCAAGCUAACAAUGGAGGCAGUAUGUAAGUUACUGGGACAUAAAGUUACUUCUUGGAAGUCUGUACAAUCUUUGUUGAAACGAGAGGAUUUUAUUACUAAUGUCUUGACUUUUGAUUCGGAAAAGCAACUAAAUCCGUCCCUCAGGAAGCGUCUAGAAAGUGAAUAUUUUCGCAACUCAACUUUCAAGCAGAAGGAGAGGAAAUGCGGCGCAAAGUUUCAGACGUCAAGUUGA